AUGGCCGCAAAUAUGCAGCAGAUGGCUGGGGCGGCCGGCAUGAUGCAGCGACAACGGCCUCAGCCGCCGCCCACGAACUUACAGAUGAACGACUAUCUUUUUGCGGCUCUACAGCGCCACCACGAUUCCCACCCAUGGCCCGGUUGGCAAGCCAAUGUGCCGCCACAAGAGCGUCUGGCGCGGACGCACAAUCUGGUCUCUAAUAUUGCAUUGUCCCACAACCCCAAUGUCGAUUUCAAUAAAGCUGCCGACUUCGCCCUGAGUUUUGAACGCGAGGUCUUCACCAAGUCGGUAGAUAAGGCGUCGUAUGAAAACGCCAUGGCCAAUAAAAUAAUGCAAUAUUUCAGGAAGCGUCAGGAGAAUGAGUCGGCCCUACAGAGUAGCUUGCAAGCACAAGCGGCGGCCCAAGCCCAGGCACAACAACAGCAGCAGCUUCUUAUGAACCAAAAUGCCGCCGCUAUGCAGAACCGGAUGAGCCAGAACAUGGGCCAGAACCCCCCCCAGCAGGGCUUCCAACAGAUGCAGUACCCAUUGCAACCGCCGCAAAUCCCCCAACCCUCUCCCAUGGGCAUGAACAUGGGCCCAGGCGCCCAACCUGUCGGGCCUAAUCAGCAAAUGUACCCGAUUUCGGGUCAAGGUCCACCGCGCCCUCCUGGUAUGCCAGAAGGACAACCGAAUAUCACCCCUCAGGACCAGGCGAAGGUCCUCGAGUUGGCCCAGAGAAUGUUCGCAUCGACCAACCCUCAACAAAAGGACCAUUACCGAAACAUGGUCCGGGCCCGGUAUCCUGAGCGCGCAGCAGAAUUCGACGCUGCUGGGAAAGACCCAGUCUUGCUUUGGUUCCAAAAUCAGGCGUUCCAGAACCUUUUUAAGAGUGCGGCUGCCGUCAGACGAGGACAGCAGGGCAACAUGCCGCCAAAUGCGAACCCCGCUGCUCAUGCCAUGAUGCAGGCGGGACGGGGUCAAAUAAACCCUGCGAUGGGUCCCGGCGCCUUGCACCAACAAGGCCCCGCCGGUGCUAAUGAUUUUGGGCAGUUCAACUCAAACAUGGAGAGCAUCAUAAACCAGCAGAAGGCCGGUCUCAUUGCCCAAGAACAAGGUCAAAUGGUCGUUCCCGCCAGCAAUGUCGCUGCCCGCAAUGCCACCCCACAACCUGGUGGGAAUGCCCAGGGUCAGCAACAACAGCAGCAACAACAGCCCAUCCCCAACCAGCCUGGCCCGAACCAGACACCACGGCCUCCGCAAGCACAGCACCAGCACCAGCAAUUCAAUAUUCAGCAGGCCCAGCAGCUGAAAAUGGAGCAGGCCCAAGCCCAGCAGCAGGCCCAGCUUCGAGCCCAACAACAGGCGCGUCAAUUGCAAGGCCAGCCUAACGGUCUCGGGCCGGCCAUUCCGGCCUCGCAGAGCCCUGGGAUGAACACGCUCAACACUCCGAUGCGUCGCCAGCCGAGCGCCAUGAAUGGUCCAGACGCUCAAGCAGGUCCUCAGGCAAGCGGAGCGUUCACAAACCCCCUCGAUCCCCGGUUUAACCAGGGAAAUCAACGACCCAUGUCCAUGAGCGGGACUCCCCUCAACAACCAGAUGAUUCAUAACAUGUUGGCGAGCAUGCAACCCGAACAACGGCAACAGUUGAGCGGGCUACCUCCCGAGAAACUCGCCGAGAUAGUCGUCAAAUGGCAAGGACAGCAAAUGCAGAUGAAGGCCAUGGCACAAGGUGGAAAUACCCCGGCGCAAAUGGCCAACCGCCCGGGACAGCCGGCGCAGUUUGCUCCGCAGAAUCCUGCCAACGCGAUGAUGCCCAUGUCUAACGGUGUGAUGCAUCAGCCUCAGGGACCUCAGGGACCUCAGGCACCGGGAGGUCCGACGCCUCAAAUGAUCGCCGCCCAGCAGCAAAUACUUGCCCGUGUCCGGCAGGGGCCAAUCUCACCCCAGCAGCAACAGACCAUGGACAACCUGGACAUCCCGAAUCAGAUCCUCAGUAGCCUAGUGAACCAGCGGCACGUCCCGCCCGAAAUACGCAAGUGGAGAGACCUGAAGCAAUGGUUAACGCAAAACCCGGUGUCCAAUCAGGACCUGGUUACGCUGAACAAGGCUCAACGGACCCAGUUUGUGGCGUUGAUGCAAAAACAAAUUGAGAGACGGAAUCAGAUGCCCCAGCAGAUGUUGCAGCAACCGCGACAGCAGCCGCAACUGCAGCAACAACCGCAGCAGCAGCUGCAGCAGACGCAGCAGCAACAACAACAACAACAUCAGCAGCAACAGCAACAGCAGACACAACAGCAAACGCAACCAUCUCAGCAACCAACGGCCAUGCCUCCCUCGGCUGGACCUCCUCCAAACCAACCGGGGGGCCAGCCUGUACCACCACGGCCCGGUAUGCCCCUAAAUUUGCCUCGUCUGCCGGCCAAUCUGUCGCACGUUACACCUCAGGAUAUCCAGAACGCGCGAGACCGAGAACCGCGGCUAUUGAACUUUGACGACGAUCGUCUCCGCCAAUGGAUUCUUCGAGCUAGAACUAAGAGUUUCCAGCAGGAACUGGCUAAGCGGCAACAGCAAACCACAGCACAGGGGCAGAUGGCGGCGGGGCGGCCCCAACAACACCAACAACAACAACCCGCGCAACCCAACCAGCCGACGCCAGUGUCGAUGAAUCCGGGGCUAUCGGCCCAUACCCAAGGUCCCCAACCGACGAUGCCUCAGGGAAGCUCUGCGCCGGCGCCGCAAAAUGCCGGCAUUCAAGCGGCGCAAGCCGCUCAGGCGAAGCAACAGAGCGCCGCGGCGGACGCCAAGGCUUCGGCCAAUACCGCUACUACUAGACCCAAUACCGCAAAUAACAACCGGGCUGGGCAAAACAAGGCCGCUCAACAACCGACCCACUCCCCCUCGACGACACGGAAGAACCUCAAACGGCCCAGUCCCGGUGAUGCGGCCGACGUGCCUCAGGCGACGGCGCAACCCGUCCAACCUCCGCAGGGUCGGCCGCAGCAGCCUCCUAAGGUCCCGAACUUGACGCCCGAGCAACUGGCAAACCUGACUCCGGAACAGAAGGCCAGAUAUGAGCAGUUCAAGGCUCAGAUGGCCCAAGCGGCUCGGCCGGCUCAGGCUGCUCAGGCCACUCAGGCGAACAAUCAAGGAGCUGCUGAAUUAGAGCGGCUUAGAGAAAUCAGCGCUGAGGAGAACCGAAAGUUUAACCAACAGGUUAUGCCCGGGAUUCCCAUGACUCCCGAGGAGCAUCAAGAAACAGUAAUGAAGCUGCAGCGUCUCCUGGUCCACAUCGGUAAAGUCGGGCGGGUCCUUGGAAGAUGGUAUACGGUUACGCGUGACGACACACGAGCUCGGAACUUCUUCCGCACGCGACUACGUGUGGUGAGUCAGUUCCAUGACCCAGAGCGCGCUAUGCCCAAGGACGUCUUCACGAUCCGUACGAGCGAAGUCGACGAGGCUCGUACGUUGCUGGAGAGCAUGGUGAUGGACUGCGCCAAACUCCAGCAGCAGCAAGCCGGACCGACGCCCCAACGCCCGCACGGCGGAGUACCCGGGUCACAGGGCCCCCAGGCGGCCCCCCUGAGCGCGGCCAAUCUAGAAAAGCAGACCCAGGCGCUCAACAAGGCACAGCAUGGCCGGUCAAACAGCAAGAGCGACCAACCUCCCGCGGCUCCGACAACGAGCCAGCCUCCUUUUCCCUUCGCGACCCCUUCUCCUCACGGCCAGCCAGCCUACGUGGGCAAGCCCAAGGUCAGCCGGGACAACCUCCAACUGCCGCCAAGGAAAAGGGCCAAGGCUUCAGAACAGGCGACGCCAUCGCAGCCUGGGCAGACCACGCCGUCUCCCAACUUUGGUAAAUCGACAUCUCCCGAGUCGAAGCGUCAGGGGCCACCUGAGGUCAAGGCACCACCCAAGCCGGCGUUUGUGUGUAGCGAGCCGGAUUGCGAAAUGGCGACGGUCGGGUUCCCGUCGGAACAGGCACGGCAAGCUCAUAUCCAGGAAGAGCACGUCAAGCCGUUGGAAAACCCGGUCAAGUACAUGAAAGAGGGCCUAGCAGCGGUGCUCGGUCUUGAGCUCGACGCAGACGGGCGGCCGAAGUCCGAGUCGCAGGCGUCGACCGUGGGCGCCAUCAAAGAAGGCCAAACGCCGGCGAGUAAUGCGGGGGCCACGCCCAUGUCUCGUGACGCGUCUCAGUGGCCUGCUGGGAAGGCCGGGCACAAGGGGACAGAGACGAAGUCGAAGGGCGAGGCGGGCAAGACGGCUGCGGGGACCGAAAAGCAAGGAGAAGGUUCGACGCCGAUGCUGCCGCCAGGGGACCACAAUGGCCACUCGAUCGACCCUCAGCAGCUAUUCAAGAAUGUGGGUCGAUUCGAGUACGGCUUGGAGGGCACCAUCCACAACAUGAGCGUAUACCAAUCCAUUACGCCGAACGACACGCCCGAGUCGAGUAAAGACAGCGGCUCGACAGAUCCAAACAGCGACAUUUCAGAGACCACGGUGGUUGACAAGGAGAUGAACUGGCAGCCGCUAGACGCGGACCUGUUGAUGGACAUGGGCAGCUUUAGCAUGGAAGGACUGGAAAAUCUUCAGGGUAGCGGGGCCAACGUCGACAUGGGCCUCCUGGAAGAGACGUCGCCACCGGACUGGUACGUGAAUUGGGAUGAAGUCAACAUGGACUUUAACAAACCGUCGGAGGUUGACACGAGCCUCUACUUGCUCGAUGUGUCGCGUUGA